GAUUCAAUCCUGCAAUAACCACUCAAAACACUAGUAAUUUAGGAGCGUUGGAUGUGUUGUCGUUUACAGAAUGGAUGAAGCUGUUGGCCUGUUGUAAUAAACUUGACACAAAGAGAAAGUGCAUCAAAUUCAAUAUCAUCACAGAAUAAUAGGAAUUCAGAGACACAGCUUAAUUGGAUCACUCACUCACCCACCAUUGAAACAAGUGAGUGAAGAACAAAGAUGAAGUGAUGAUGAUUUCAUUCAUCAAAUGCUAUUAUAGAAACCAACAACGUGAUUAGCAGCUAACUAUGGAGAUGUCUUCUUUGCCAUUAAACCUUAAAACAACGUUCCCUGACAGAGGCGGCGGUUGUUUGAAGCUCACGCCGUUUUCUGGGUUCUUCCUUCGUCAUCCAGUAACAACUGCAGCUGGCUAUCAAAGUUCAGGGUGCAAGGCAGGUUGGGGUGGUUUCUGCGUCAAGGCUAGUAGUGCAGAUUUUUCUAGGAGGAGACAGCAGAAGAAGGUGUCAAUUGCAAGGCCUAAGGACUCUGCACCCAAGGGUUUUGCCCCAAAAUCACCUGUUAGAGCAAGCAGCAAGAACACCAGUAAAAAGAAAGCUACUGUCAAGAAGGGAGAUUCGUUAACUCCAACCGUCAGUGAGAUUCCCGGGGACGGUAAUAAACAAACACUCGAUGUGAAUACUGAUAAUGAUAACCAAGGGGUUACGAGCAACCGAGGUGAGGAAAUUGGAGAUGUUUCUACAACUGAUGAGGAUGUUAUUGUUCUCAAAUCACGGGAGGGGAUUUCUUACAAUGGAGAUGUUGGGAUUGUUAAUGAAUCAGAGGAAAGGACAUUGGACUAUGCAGAAAUUGAUGAAAAUGUUCAGGUAAAAAGUGAGGAAACAAGCACUGCUAGCGAUGAUAGAAUAAGCGAGGAAGCUUCUCGGCGGUUGAAGUUAGAGCUGGAACAAAAUUUGAGGAGGCAGGAAAUAGAGAGGAUUGCGGAGGAAAAUCUUUCACAAGGUACCAAGAUGUUUGUGUAUCCUCCUGUGGUUAAACCUGAUCAAGACAUAGAAGUGUAUCUUAAUAAGAGUCUUUCAACCCUAAGUGAUGAACCAGAUAUUCUGAUCAUGGGGGCAUUUAAUGAUUGGAGGUGGAAAUCUUUUACCCUUAGGAUGAAUAGAACGCAUCUCAAGGGUGAUUGGUGGUUUUGCGAAUUACAUGUUCACAAAGAAGCCUACAAACUAGACUUUGUGUUCUUCAAUGGACAAGAUGUCUAUGAUAACAAUGACGGCAAAGACUUCUGUAUACCUGUUGAGGGUGGAAUGGAUGCAUUAGCAUUUGACGAUUUCUUGCUUGAGGAGAAACGCAAAGAAUUAGUAAAACUAGCUAAGGAGCAAGCUGAAAGAGAAAGACAGGCUGAAGAGCAAAGGCGAAUAGAAGCAGAGAAAGCUGCGGAAGAAGCGGACAGGUCACAGGCAAGAGUGGAGGUAGAAACAAAGCGAGAAACAUUGCUGCCACAUGUGAAAAAGGCUGUAAAAUCCGUUGAUAAUGUUUGGUGUAUUGAACCUACUGAAUUCAAAGGGAAGGACUUGGUUAGGUUAUAUUAUAAAGGAGGCUCUGGUCCUCUUGCACAAGCUAAGGAAAUAUGGAUUCAUGGUGGGUAUAAUAAUUGGAAGGAUGGAUUGUCAAUUGUUGAAAGGCUUGUGAAGUCUGUCUUAAAAGGUGGUGAUUGGUGGUAUGCAGAUGUUGUUGUACCCGACCGAGCUCUUGUCCUGGAUUGGGUGUUUGCCGAUGGUCCACCUCAAAAUGCAGUUGUGUAUGAUAACAACCAGUUACAAGAUUUCCAUGCUAUUGUCCCUAUAGCUCCACUUGAUGAACAGUAUUGGGCUGAGGAAGAGCAGCUGAUAUACAGAAAACUUCAGGAGGAUAGGAAGUUAAGAGAGGAAACAAUACGUGCAAAGGCUGCAAAAACAGCAAAGAUGAAAGCUGAAACAAAGGAAAAAACUUUGAAAACAUUUUUGCUGUCUCAAAAGCAUAUUGUCUUUACCGAGCCUCUUGAUGUUCAAGCAGGGAGCAUAGUGACAGUAUUUUACAAUCCCUCCAACACAAAUCUGAAAGGAAAACCUGAGGUUUGGUUUAGAUGCUCAUUUAAUCGUUGGUCUCAUCGCAUUGGCCCAUUGCCACCUCAGAGAAUGUUGCCUGCAGAUAAUGGCACUCAUGUCAAAGCCUGUGUUAAGGUUCCACUGGAUGCAUACAUGAUGGACUUUGUAUUCUCUGAGAGUGAAAGUGGUGGAGUUUUUGACAAUAAAUUUGGAAUGGAUUAUCACAUACCAGUUUUUGGAGGUAUUGUAAAGGAACCACCUUUGCAUAUCACCCAUAUUGCUGUUGAGAUGGCCCCGAUUGCAAAGAGAACUGGACAAUUGUUGCGAAAGUCAAUCAUUUAUGGCAAAGUCCGAGCUUAUAUGGCUCAAAGCUACCAUUUUCGAUGGAAAUGAUUUCUAUGGAUGACAAGAGCCUUAAGAUUCAUGCUUAUGUUAGGAAGACUUUUGAUUUAUCGAUUUCAAUCUUUGCUAACUGAAUGAAGCGUAUAUCAGAUUUCAUUCUUUGGUGUUGGUGAAAGCGGUCAUGAUUUUCACCCAACCUCGCAUCCAUUCAAUAUCAACUUUGAUAUUCAUACAUCUAUACAAUUGGUUCCUAACAAAACUAUCAACUUAACUCCAUACUCUUUCGUUCCACUUUGUGAUAUAAUGUAUAAGGACCUUGAUACGUGAUUCCUUAUAGGUAUAAACCCU